AUGGACCACGCUGACUCUCAAAGUGCGUUUUCCUCGAACUCAGCGACGACAAGCUCUUCAAAGUUUGAAUCACCAGAUGACAAUCUAUCAGACGAGCAAUUGUUAUGCGAUGCAAAGGAGGAGUAUCCAUUAAACGACUAUUUACUGCAAGGAAUUAGUCAAGAAUCCGCCCAAAGAAGCAUACUGCUAUGUCGUCAAAAUUUUGAAACUUCCUUUGGUUUCGCUCUCCAAUCAUACGUAUUCAAAAGAACGUCUUCGAAUAGUUAUGAACGCAUCACCUACGUGGAUUAUGUGUCUGCAGACAGUCCCGCCGAUCGCUGUGGAAUAAUUAGAGGUGAUAUGGUCGUUGCUGUGAAUGAGAAAAGUGUGGUGACAGCGUCACACGCUGAGAUAGUCGAUUCCAUUGCUCAAUGCCUCCAAGUCAGUCUGGUUCUCGUUUUUAAAGACGUUGCAAGAAUAGUUGAACUCAGCAUGCGGUCGAUUCAAUUGAGGUUUAUGCUUGAUACGAAAAUGCGAGAACUGAAGAUUCUCGAAGAGAGGGAGAAAGAACUUGAAGCACUUUAUAACGAUACUCGAAGCGAAAUUGAAGAUGACGACGAAAUAGAAAGCACACUUUAUGAACUUGAUGAGGAGUUGAAAAAUGUUCAAGACAAAGAAACUAACGGUACUGAUUACCGUCAUCUCAUUCGAAUUAACAGCAGCACUUCUGUCGGAACACCUCAAGUCACUCGACUUUAG